AUGGGUAUUUGCGGUGGAAGUCCAAAAACAAUUCAACGAAAAAUAGUAAUUCUAGGUGAUGGUGCGUGUGGUAAGACGUCACUUUUAAACGUGUUCACAAGAGGAUAUUUCCCUCAAGUUUAUGAACCUACAGUAUUUGAAAAUUAUGUUCAUGAUAUUUUUAUUGAUGGUCAAUCAGUACAAUUAUCAUUAUGGGAUACCGCAGGACAAGAAGAAUUUGAUAGAUUACGAUCUCUUUCAUAUUCAGACACCCAUUGUAUCAUGUUAUGUUUUUCAGUAGAUUCACCUGAUUCACUUGAAAAUGUUCAAUCUAAAUGGGUUGGAGAAAUUGCUGAUCAUUGUGAAGGGGUUAAAUUAGUAUUAGUGGCUUUGAAAUGUGAUUUAAGAAAUGAUGAAGACGCAGAGGAAACUGCUCCUCUACAAUCAAACCAUAAUAAUAAUACCUUUAAUCCAUAUGCAUCAUCAUCAAAUGUAUAUCAACAACAAAAGAAAUUGAUUACUUAUGAAGAAGGUUUAGCAGUUGCUAAAAAAGUUGGUGCUUUAAGAUAUUUAGAAUGUUCAGCAAAGAAAAAUAGAGGAGUUAAUGAAGCAUUUUCAGAAGCAGCAAGAUGUGCCCUUACCGCAAAACCGAAGGGUGCUAAUGAUAAUGAACCAAAGAAAAAGGGUUGUGUUAUCAUGUAG